AUGGCGGAGAAUACCAUAGGCCUCAAUGUCCAAAAGGUCGUUGAACCCGACGCGGACCCAGUCCCCAUACAGCAUAAAAUAGUGGGGAAAUCGGCAGACUCUCCACAUGUCGAGUCGCAGCCCGAAUCACUCAACGAAGCCGGCCCUGUUAUAGACUAUGAGGAAUACCCGCCUCCGACUGAGGAAGAACGAAGAACGUUGCGCAAAAUCCAUCACUCCAUUCCUCUAGCCGCUUGGUCCCUUUGCUUCGUGGAGUUGGCUGAGCGAGCUUCUUACUAUGGUGUCAAAGCUGUCUUUAACAACUAUAUGCAGUUUCCUCUUCCAGAGGGUGGCCCAGGAACCGGCGCGAUAGAUCGGUCAAAACCCAACUCACAUGCUGGUGCCCUCAACCUUGGUCUUCAAACUGCUUCUGCUUUAGGUCUACUAUUCACAUUCCUAGCAUAUGUUAUUCCUAUCUUUGGUGCUUGGAUUGCGGACGUUAAAAUAGGCCGUUAUAAAGCAAUAGUCUGGGGCGUCCUUAUAGGUGCCUUCGCUCACGUUAUUAUGGUCGGAGGUGCUGCUCCAGCCGUGCUUCAGGCCGGGAAAGGAGUCGCUCCUUUCCUUGUUUCCUUCUUUCUUCUCGCCAUUGGUGCCGGCGUCUUUAAACCCAAUAUAGCACCUACAGUCAUUGAUCAAUAUAAAUACCAACGCGAGUAUACGAGGGUCCUUAAAUCAGGAGAGAAGGUGCUUGUUGACCCUGAGACAACUGUGAACCAUAUCAUGCUUAUAUUCUACGCCUUUGUCAAUGUUGGUGCGUUUUUCAGCAUCGCCGUUGUCUACGUCGAAAAAUACCACAGUUUCUGGCUUGCUUUUCUGUUACCAGGCAUCAUAUACUUCCUGUUACCGUUCCUUCUCGCCGCUAUGUAUAAACGGACAAUCAAGAAGGCACCGCAGGGUUCUGAUCUAGUCCGUUUUACGAAGAUCACGCUUUCCGCCUUAAAAAAGAGCAAAGGAAACAUCUUUGCAAAGGACUUCUGGCAUAAAGUAAGGCCUCUGGCACUAGCGGAGCAGAAUAUACACGCCAGCUACUCAGAGAAAGACGUUGCUGAUGCCCAACGCACAUGGGAAGCUGUCCACAUCUUCUUAUACAUACCUGUAUGGCUAAUCAAUAACGGCGGGGUUGGGAACCUUCAAAGCAAUCAAGGGGCAGCGAUGACUUCAAAUGGUGCCCCCAAUGAUCUACUAAAUCAUUUCAAUCCCUUGGUUAUUCUUGUGGCCUCGCCACUCAUGGCCCAAGUUGUGUAUCCAUUCUUGGAGCGCAGAAAGAUUAAAGUCGGCCGAAUCACUCGAAUGACUUUCGGCUUUGUUCUUGCCACCAUUUCUGGAGUUAUUGGAGCAAUCGUGCAGUGGAAAGUCUACGAGACGUCGCCUUGUGGCUAUUAUGCUUCUGAUUGUGAUGAGGUGUCGCCAAUCUCCAUUUGGUGGCAGAUUCCAAAUGUUGCCCUGGGCGCCAUAUCCGAAAUAUUCGUUAACGUAACAGCGUACGAACUUGCAUACGCCCGUGCCCCUGAGCAUAUGAGGGCUACGGUGGUUGCACUCUUCCUGUUCAUGACUGCCCUUAGCAGUGCGUUGGGUGAAAUUUUGAUUCCAGCGAUUGCCGACCCAACACUUAUAUGGGCUUGGGCAGCUCCGGCGAUAGCGCUCGCUGUUCAAACCGUUAUCUUCUGGUGGAAUCAUCAUGGUGCUAACGAAGAUGUUUUCAUGACGCAUGAGGAGGACUUCCAGCAGUUGGCCGGCGAAAACGAGAUAUCCGAGAAGGGAGAGAAAUAG